AUGGACGGCGCGGCCUCUAUGAAGGCGGCGGCGGCGGCGGCGGCGGCGGCGGUGGCGGAGGGACCCUCCGGCGACGCCGUCGAUCUCGACUCCAGCGUGCCUGCCGCCUCUGCAUUGCCCGGUCCUGGGGAAGACGUGUACGUGGUUUUGUUGGUGAAGGCGUCGCUCAAGCUGCUUGGGAAGGAUCUUCCGCCUCAAAUUCGGCACUAUGGCUUCGAGAUGAUGCAGGGUCCGCCAAUUAACUUUUUGGAUGGUCGUGGUCGAGAGCAUGAUCAACAGGGUAAGUAUAAAGUAACACCAGACUAUCAAGAAGAGGCCGAGCUACUUCGUUGGGAGCAUAAUCUCCUGUCUGAAGCAUUUCUCAGUGUGACGACCUGUCCUGGGUACAAUGGAAAUAACAUCCUUUUACACUCCCAUGUUGUCACAUUAAGUGCACUAAUAAAGUUCAGUACUACAGAUCAUGAUGCAAAACAAAUUGUAUGCCUUUUGUCUGCCAGGAUUGAAUGUAAGGAGGAGUUGCUUAUGUCUCUACUGAAACCUUUGAACAAAAUUUGGACCCAGCCAGAGUGGAAUGAAGAAUACAUGCGUUAUACAUAUCGUCUAACUGGUCUUCUUUGCAAUGAUCAAUUUAUGGAGACAAUAUGUUUGUUGGUAAAGUCAUUUGAGGAGGAGAUCAAAGGAAGAAAAAUUGAACAUUCUACGGGAACACAGGAAAAAUGCCGUCCAACAUCAACUACCAAUUAUCCGUACUCAUCUACCUUUCCACAACUAAUGCUUGCCCUGCUCUUACGGAUCCUUCAUUUUAUACACAUGGCUUGGAUGGAUCGGUCUGAGUGUUAUGAUCUGCCAGAAAUUAUUUGGAGAGCUAGGCUCAUUAGUACCAACGAGAUAUCCAGUUUUCUGAAGGAGAAUAAUACUUUACCUGCCAAUGAUGGAGUCGAUGUUCGUAGGAUGAAUGCUAUUGGAACAUGGUUACGUGAAAUUCGAGAAACUGGGUAUAAUAUCAUAGGCUUGUGCGCGUCUGUUGAAAGAUCAAUGUUUGGAUUGGACUGUUCUCUUUUCAUCGAUACUCUUGCAAUGGAUAUAAGCUUCAUGGAUUUUGAUCAUGUGGGGAAACUCAUACAGCUCACCUUCAUUCCAUUACUGACCUCCCUGUGUCACAGCGCGUUCGUGAACUUGGCUGUGUCUGGCAUUAACCUUUUCUUUUCCAAGCAAAGUUCAGUUCAGUCAAACACUGGGGAACAGGAGGACAGAAAGAUGUGUAUGGAUGGAUUCAGUGAUUGGUUCGAAAAGGAAUUGGAGGAUCUUCAUAGACGUGCGUCUUUGCCUGCUCCAAUUUUUUUUCCAAAGUACCUUGUGUGGAAUUGGGAGUUUAAUGAAGAAUGUGACAGAUAUUUCCCUACCUAUUUGGAAAUGCUGCAUGAAGUGGAUACAAUGAAUGACUGUCUAGCGCCUGUCAGGACUACAUUCGCUAUUGGUAGAACCAGGGGUCCUACCGUAUCUGCUCCGGAGGUUGUAGGGGAAGGAUGGAGUGGGACGGGGCGAUGA